AUGAACGCAACGCUUUGCUUUGCGUUCUUUAAACAAAUGAUAUUUUCGUUUUCAAAGCGUUAUGGCUGGCAUGGUGAAGACAAGCUUCUACAAAAGACGUUUGAUGUGGCACAACACGACUAUCCAUGGCUGGCUGAACAUCGAGGAAAGGCUGUAACUGAGCUUGAGUUUCUUCAUGGACACCUCAGAAACCCUGGACGGAUACCUGCGUGUUUUUAUUUCAGAGAUAAGGUCUGUGAUAAAUGAGGUUUUGUUCCGUAACAAUUAGACUUCGCAUUUUUACACUCGGUCUUCUUAAACACUAAAUAGUGCAUGCAAAUACCCAAUUUAUUCUGUAUUGUAUCCUGAAACAACAAGCCAUGCUAUCUUGGUUUUGUUUCCAGUACCAGGAAAGGUUCUCUGUCAAGACGGACUACAAACUACCAAUUACUUUAGUUAACUUCCGAGCUAUUUCCUGAACCAGUAAAGUUACGGUGAAUAGAAACUAACUAUAGUAAUGACAGUUACAAAGUUGCACUCAUGUUGAAAGGAACAUUUUCGAAACUCCUCUCUAUAUAAGCUUUGUUUUAUUCGGGAUAAACUGAUCAACGAUAUUUAUCCCAACAUUUUAUCCACUAUACCCAGGCUUAUGAUGACAAGAGGUUAGCUCAGUACGAAGCAGAAGGUAACGAAAGAGAAAUGAGAAAAUACAGAUCAAUCACUGAUGGUCCUCACGCUGCAGAACUGUUGGAUGACUUGAAGAAAAGAGUUUAUGACACUCGAGACAAAGUAAAUAUCUUCUUUAUAACGUCGUUACCCAAUUACGAAAGUUGAGAAGCGAGAGUUUGCAUGAGAGUUUUCUCAACUCUCAUGCCCCGGUCAAACGAGAACAAGAGUUGCAUGAGAGUUGAUGAGAGUUGAGAAGCGAGAGUUUGUAUGAGAGUUUUCUCAACUCUCAGGUCCUGGUCAAACUACGAGAACAAGAGUUGCAUGAGAGUUGUUGAGAAGCGAGAGUUUGCAUGAGAGUUUUAUCAACUCUCAUGCUCCGGUCAAACGAGAACAAGAGUUGCAUGAGUUCGUCCGGCAAAGCUGACGAAGUCCGGCGGGUCCAACCAGCAAAAACUCUUCAUCACCUCUCAUCAAAAUUUGAACCAGUUAAAAGUGAUGGGAGUUGAUGAGAGAGUUGGAAUUCGUCGAACGAAGUGACUUUAAUCGUUUGUAGGUUAUAAUUACAUCCUUCGACCUUCUAUUUCAGUGAAUAUUGUUCGACCCUACUGCAACCGGAUUCGCAUCGAACGAGUCGAGCGACAUCAACUAAGACGCUUUUCGGCUUCUUACAACUUUUCAUAUUUGAAGUUUUGGACUAAUAUUAUGAUAUUAUUAUUAUGAUAAUUUUGAGUGCUAAACUCUCCUCGAAACUGUAAAAUUUGAUGUCGCUCCGAUAUGUGAAUCCAAUAUCGUGUCACUGGGGUCUCAGAUAAUUUCAGUAUUCCUAGUUACCUUCGUUUUACUCUGUGCUCCAGAAAACCAGAACAACAGAAAUUAGCCAUGCGGGUUAUUCAAAGUUAUGAAUGUGAAAUUCGAACUGAAUGAAAUAUUUUAUCAGUUCCAAUUUAGGCAUAACAUUUUAUUUUCUACUAUCUAGUGUAUUGACGUAUGCAUGUCUUACAAGACACCACAGGAGGUAAUCAUAUUUUAUAUCUUUAGAAAGAUGUCAUCUUAUGUCACCCAGAUUUGUUAUUUUCUUUUUUCGUUUUCCAGGCUGCCAAAAUGAUGUUUAACGCGGUUAACGAGCAGAUCAAAAAGAUGCUUGCGUCUAAUGUUGAUCUCAGUCCAAGAGAAAUGGAAAAGGCCAAACACGAUUCAUAUUUUGUUAAACAAUAUUCCAUUGGUAAGAAAGGGAACUGGAUG